AUGCUGGUCCACAUUAACGUUGGAGGCGGCAGCGGCGAUGGCAUGAAAGACAUCAAGCAGGGAAGUGACAAUCCCGAUGGUCCCAAGAGUGUGGCAAAAUCCGGUUGGUUUGGCUCGAAAGCGCCUGAGAACAGCAAAGGCGACUUAGAGAUCAUGAGCAUCACCACGUUCUUCUGGAUGGUAGACCGUUGUGUUCCUUUCCUGCGCUUUCAAAUCGAGGACCAUAUAAUGAGCGACUACGCCAAAGCUCUCGAUAAGAUCAUGCAACGAUCGAAGGAAAAUCAUGAAACUCAUGGUCACUACGGCGGGUGGGGUAUUGCACCCAUUGUGGACUCAUACGAGGGCAUCAUGACGGCCGCUGGCUCGGAACCUCGCACACCUGGCCAUUAUUUCUCACAUAACCCUGAGCCCAAGGACAACCCUGAGCACAAGCACAACCCUGAGCACAAGCACAAGCACAUCCACAAGCAGACAAAUGAGUGCUUUCACCCUGUGGUCUAUCACACGUAUCAACAAGUGUGGAAAACGGACGACAAGGUACCUGAAGCGCUGAAGGGCUUCAAGCGCGAGCCGCUGGGCCCUGGCCUAGGCCAUCACUGGGUUAAGACAUACAAGAAUCAGCCCGGAAUGCUCCAACGCGGAUGGUCCUACGUCUUCGGUAAGGCCACGCCAUCAGACAGCGAGGAUGACUUUGUCAAAAUCCCUGAGUUUGUGAUUCCUGAGCAAGGCUGGCACAAGGAGGGGUUUUACUGGAUGCCUUAUGAGCGCGAAUUGAUCCAAGCGGCACAGAACCGUAGCAUGAGAAGAGGUGGCUACAUGCCGCCCGAAGAAAGGGAAAAAUUGAUGGAAGAGAAGGCGGGCGAGCUUAAGGUCGAUGGUGAGGGCGCCGAGUUCCUACGACAACUGGAUGAGGAUAACAAGCACAUGAAGGAGUUCCGCGAGUGGAAACAAAGGGAGGACUUCAUUCCGACGAAUCCAGACUAUCAAGAAUGGUAG